AUGAUAAAAACUUAAUUAAUUGACCUUUUAAAAUUAACAGAAGAAGAACUUAAAAAGACUGUGAUUGUUAAACAACAUCCAUAAAAUGAGUAAAUUUUCUUCAUGCUUUUGAAUUAAAAAGCCAAUACUUUUACACAUAAAUUUGUGAGAGAAAUACAUGAAGCUUUAACAAUAGUAGAAUAACAUGAAGGUCAAACAGCAUUAAUAACAACAUCUUUACAUCCAACAGUAUUUAGUGGUGGAUUAGAUCUUAAUGUUACAGGAGUAAUUAUCAAUAUAAGAUAGAAUAUGAAUAUAUACGAUAGAAAUAAUUUUGUUCUUGAAUUUAUAAGAUUAUUAGGAAGAUUAUUAAGAUAUCCAGUACCAACAAUAGCUUUAGUAAAUGGACAUGCAGUAGCUGGAGGAUGUAUGUUUAUGUUUGCUCAUGAUUGGAGAAUAGCAAGAGCUGAACCUAAAAAAGCACAUUGUUCAUUACCAGAAAUUGAAAUAGGUUAUUAUUUUAUAUAUAAUUUAAGGUAUGUAUUUACCUCCAGGAAUGAAUGCAGUAUGCUAAUGUAAACUUACACCUAAUGUUCAUAGAGAUUUAUGUUUGUUGGCUAGAAGAUAUGAUCUAGGUUCUGAAGGUUUACAAUAUUAAAUUGUUGAUGGAUUAGCAACAGAAGAUAAAAUUGUAGAAGCUGCUAUCUAAAAAGCUUAGGCUGUCUCUAAAUAUGGGUAAGAUAAAGAAAAUUUUACUAAAAUUAAAGAAGAAAUGUAUCGAGAUGCAAUUAAAGCUUGUUUUAGCAGAUAAAUGGCACCAGGAAAUGCAUAUGAUCUAGGAUUGCCAAGAUUAUGA